CUGUUCCGCGUGUAGGUGCUUUAUAAAAGGAGGAGUGCUCUAAAAGUCUCCUCAUUCAUUCUUUCAUUCAUUCAUUCUUUCUUUCUUUCGCUCGCGAGCUGCUUCACAGAAACGACGCCAUGACACGGUUAAGACUCAGUCAGCGAUGCUGGUUCUCCUGUGUCUUACUGCUGCUGAUAGACAAAGUGUCUAUUUCAGUGUCCCUGCAGGGCAUUGAAGCUGGUGUAGGAAAGCCCGUCAUCUUACCAUGUUCAAACAGUGAUGAGGCACUGCAGGAUAAAGUCACUGUGUUCUGGAGAUUCAGAGACAGCAGGACUGUGUACGACAUCAUCGACAGCGAAGUGUUGUUUGAUGAACAGGACACAUCAUUCAGACACAGAGUUGAAAGUUUUCCAGCUGAGUGGACAAAGGGAAACUUCUCCAUCACACUCAGCAGUGUCCAGAAGGCUGAUGGAGGACUGUACACCUGCUUCAUUCCUGCUAUCAACAAACAAACGAAAGUACAGCUGAUUGUUCAAGAGAGACCAGUUGCACAAAUGCUUCAGCAGAGAAACGGGGACGUCAAACCAGCGCCAGCUUUAUCAGGGAGAGAUGAGUUGAGGAACAGGGACGCUGGAAGAAAACCAGAGAACCUUGUGCUUUUCUCUGCAGCUCUGUUGGGACUGACCCUGCUGUAUGUCUGACUUUUCACAUACUGAACUGAUGUUAUGAUGUAGGUAUUAUAAUAUAGAUAUUUUAUACAGAUUAUUGUGUGUGUGUGUGUGUGUGUGUGUGUGUG